AUGUCGACGUUUGGGCACCACUUCCGGGUGACGACCGCCGGCGAGUCGCACGGCAAGUCCGUGUCGUGCAUCAUCGACAACUGCCCGCCCAACCUGCCCCUCACCGAGGAGGACAUCCAGCCGCAGCUCAACCGCCGCCGGCCGGGCCAGUCGUCCAUCACGACGCCGCGCAACGAAAAGGACCGCGUCACCAUCCACUCGGGCACCGAGUUCGGCCGCACCCUCGGCACCCCGAUCCUCCUCACCGUCCCCAACGAGGACCAGCGCCCGCGCGACUACGGCGACGCCACCGUCGACGUCUUCCCCCGCCCCUCCCACGCCGACUGGACCUACCUCGAGAAGUACGGCGUCAAGGCCUCGUCGGGUGGCGGCCGCUCCAGCGCCCGUGAGACCAUCGCCCGUGUCGCCGCCGGAGCCGUCGCGGAUAAGUGGCUCCGCGCCGCGUACGGCGUUGAGAUCGUCGCCUUCGUCACGUCUGUCGGCGGCAUCAAGCUCUUUGAGGAUAAUGGCGAGUCUAUGAGCGCGGAUCCCGCGUUCCUGAGCCUCGCAGAGGGCAUCACGCGCGAGCAGGUUGACGGGUUCCUGCCCGUGCGCUGCCCCCACGAGGAGACGUCGCGCCGCAUGGAGGAGCGCAUCGCCGAGCUGCGCGACGCGCACGACAGCACCGGCGGCACCGUCACCUGCGUGAUCCGCAACGCGCCGUCCGGGCUCGGCGAGCCGUGCUUCGACAAGCUCGAGGCGGUCCUCGCCCACGCCAUGAUGAGCAUCCCCGCCGUCAAGGGCUUCGAGAUCGGCUCCGGCUUCCGCGGCGCCGAGAUGACGGGCAGCCGCCACAACGACCCCUUCGUCGCCGCGCCUGCCGUCCCCGCCGCCGAGGCCAAGAUGGGCAUCCCCCGCAGCCGCCUGCAGACCAAGACGAACAAUUCGGGCGGCAUCCAGGGCGGCAUCUCCAACGGCAUGCCCAUCUUCUUCCGCGUCGCCUUCAAGCCCCCCGCCACCAUCAGCCAGGACCAGACCACCGCCCGCUACGACGCCUCGGGCGAGGGCGUCCUCGCCGCAAAGGGCCGCCACGACCCCUGCGUCGUGCCCCGCGCCGUCCCCAUUGUCGAGGGCAUGGCCGCCCUGGCCAUUGCCGACGCCGUCAUGGCCCAGCACGCGCGCCAGCUGGGCAUCCACAUGGCGAAGCAGUAA